GUAUACAUACAUAUCCAUUAUCACCUCCUAUACAUACACUUAACUUUAUUAAAAAAAGACUUCAAACUUUUAUUCAGCAAGCUAAUGAGGAUUCAUUAGAUAUUACUUCAACUCAUAUUAUAAUAGGUAAUUUAAUUAAAAUUUACUUUGGAGUUGAUAGUCUAUCUAAAAUUCAUGCAUCUUUUAAUGAUGCAGAUAAAUUAUACUAUUGUAUAAAUAAAAUUCAAAAAGAAAAGCAUCUAUUUGGACAAGAUUUAUUAGGA